UUUGAUUAACAGCAAUCUCAAUAAUAUUAACAAUCACAAAUAGCAAAUAAUGCUGGUGCCAAAACAGCUACAUAAACAUUGGCUCACACUGUAAUACAUUUACACAUCAACGUUAUCAUUAUCAAUAUCAUUAUCAUAUCACACAUCAUAUCAUGAACAGGCCAACCUAUAACGACUCGUUUGAUCAGCCCGCUGAGCCUUUUGAGUGUGAUGUCUCGGCAAUCUUGCCCGUUGGCGACAUCUCAAAUACUUCACUCCUAUCGGGCACAGAGGAUCAUCGUGAAUAUUCUCUUGACAACGACAGCUUUGCUCCUUCCUCUGUCUCCUGCCAAAACUAUGAGCCAUCUUCCCCUUCUCAGCAACGAAGUGCUCUUCCUAUCACCCAUACUCAGCAACAAUUUUCACAUAUACAACAACAGCAACAACACAAUUCCUAUGCGAACAAUAAACAAGACCUUGAUACCCAGGAUGAGUUGGGAGCACGCUAUCUUCAGAUCGAGAAUGGUUGGUAUCCUGUACAGGAAAAUAACUCUGAAGGUGGAGAGUUCCUGGACGAACAAGAGGAACAAGCAUAUUUCUAUCAACAGGAAUUAAUCCAUCAACAGCAACAGAAGCAAAAGUUGCAGUUACAGCCAAAGUUACAACAACAACAAUCACUGAACGUUCAAGGGAAUUCAAAGUCCAACACAACCAAUAACACAUCCUCAUCUCCCAACUAUCAUGAUGAUGAGCCCAUCAGUGGCCAUGCGCGUCUGUCAACAAUCGCGGAAUUGUCAGAACUACCAUCACUCAACACUAUCAACAGUAAUAAUAACAACAGAGUUCAAUCUCAUCGCAGCGGCCAACCAAUGCAAUCAGGUCAGAUGAUCAUCUCUGGCGAUCUAAUGUUGGAAGAUUUGUACGUUGAAGACGGGGAAGACCUCAAGAAUGAGGAGAUUCGACGGCGGUUAAUGGCUAAUCUCAAGCCAACAGAUAUUCUUGGGCCUUUGCAUGAGACCCAUGACUUUCAGAUCUCAUCCCUUACGGGCAAACGCAAGCAGUGGGAGCGACUGCAGCCAUACGAGGAGCAACAAAAGCAACAGCACCAGCAACACUACCAGCAAAGACAAGAAGAGCAGCAGCCCCAAAUGAAUCAGGAGGGCCAGGAGGGCCAGGAGGGCCAGGAGGGCCAGGAGUACCAAGUGUGCCAAGAUGACCAAGAGGAUCAAGGAGACCAAGAGAACCAAGAGGGGGACGAGCAAGACUUGUCACAGCCCCAUUUGGACGGAGAGGAAGGCGAGUCUGAACUUUCAUCGACAGCAUUAGCCUUAAAGCGCGAGUACGAGGCACUGUUCGGACCAAAGGGCGCAAUUGAUAGUGAACGUUCUGGUAGUGAUGUGACAGGCCUAGUAGGAUACCAAGACAGUGCGGAUCUAUAUCAGCAAGACGAGGAUGAGGAAGAUGAGUAUUACUCUGAAGACGAGGAAGAUGAGCAAGAGGAAGAAUUCUAUGCCAUGCUUGACUUGAAUGGUGGUAAUGGCAAGAUGAUCCUAGGUAACAACAUUCCAAGGAAACCCCGUGUAAUCUCUCUUCCUCCUGGCUCAAAAUUACCUCUUCCUGGUGCAAUUUCAAAGCGAAGAGUGCCCCUGGCAAUGCAGCCCAAUAGCGGCACCCGAUUACCUGUCUCCCAGGCCAGUUCUUCGUCUCCUGCUUCAGCUACGCCACAUGCUCCGACCACGCCUCCACAACCACCAAAGCAAGCUGUAUCAUCUAUAGCAUCAUCUACUCCGCGAGCUCAGCAGCCUACCACAAGUCUACGCAUGCCACAGGUACCUGCCACACAAUCGAGCACUAUGUCCAACUUACAGCAAGAGUAUCAACAGGCACAGGCAUCCAAUGCAAAGGCCAAGCCAACUGGUAGUAUCUUGGAUGGUCUUUGGCAAGAACCGGAAUACGAUUCUCAGCCGGAGGAGAGUCCUGGUGCCAUUUUCGCAAAAAAGGUUGCCCAAGAACUUAUGAAAGAGAAGCGCGAGAGUAAUCUUAGGAUUCAGGCCCCAAAGCCAUCCAUGCUUAGACCGCCAUCGAAACUACCCACAAAGACGCCAUCACCAGACAAUAAAACAUCAACACAGAUGCUCAGAGUUGAUGGUUCUCCAGAACGGCCUACGCCAACAUCAGUGUCCAAUAUUCCUCGCGUAACUACUGUUGCGGCAACACGCUCCUCUAUACCGCCAUCAAGAGCAGGUGGUUCGUCCACAAUGGCAUCAAUAACAGCAAAGGCUAGUCAAUCAUCCACUAUCCCAUCUUCGAGGCUGCCGCACAAGUCAUCUAUGUCGACAGCUGCACCUUCGACCUCUGCUCCCGUUUCCAGCCCCCCUCGUUCCAUAGCGGUGCCAACGAGUCGUGGCUCAGUGCCAUCCCGAACUGUCACACCAACACGAGCCACAAUUACCUCCACUGCAAAGACACGGCCAAUAAGUGCACAUAUCGCGGCUUCAGAAUAUUCCCCAAGCAUAUCUAGGACAGCUAGUCCUAACAAUGUGGCUCGUCCGAACGGCCUUCGCAACUCCAUGUACGAGCAAUCAGCAAGAGACGUACCUUUGGAGGAGCCGCUCCAGCAAUCUGCCAGCAGAGGUUCACUAAGAGGUAGAGGUUUAGUCAAGGAAGGUCCAACUAGUCCAAAAGAGGGAUCCAAGGAUCCUUUGCGUCGUUCAUCGUAUGAGAGGAAAAAGCAGCUUCAGCGCGAGUUGGAGGAGAUUGAAGCAGAAGAGGCUGCGUUAGAUAGAAGAGCUGCAGAGGAGGCAGCAUUACUGGAAGGCAAGCGCUCAUUGACUCCGCGAAAGCAAGUCGUUCGUUCAUCAGAGCCACGUGAAACUAGGAGAUCAAGUGUGCAAUUGCAAACGCAUCGUCGAUCAUAUGAUCGAGACUCUAGUGCCCUAACAUCGCCCCUUUCUCCUCGAUCACCUCGUUCUUCAGGACUCAGCUCGAAGCGGUCAUCACUCUAUGGUGCCCAUGGUGAUCGUCUAGUGCCGACGUUGGAGGAGUCAUGCAAGCAACUUGCCAAGAUUCGACAAGAUAUUGUAGAUUUACGUGAAGAAAUCCACCAGGAUCAGCCUGGUACAGCAUAUACUUCACAUUUGUCUGCAUCCGCAAGGUUAUCAACGCCAAAGAAGUCUACCACUGCCUCGAGGCGUAACUCCAUGGAGAGUAAAUACGCUCGAGAAUCCAGACCUCAGCAUGAGGAGAGCGAAUCAUAUGAGACCAAUGUACUAAGCGGCACCGAAGAUAGCUUGGUAUCGCCUCUCCCGCAACGCAAAAAGUUUUUCGGUGACAUUGUGGGGAAGCUAAGCAGAAACGUACCACACUCGUCAACUUCUGAGAAUGCUAGGUUGAGUUCGAGCCAGUAUCAACAGCUGCAAUCACAGCUUAAGACUUCUCCUGCCAGUAGAAAAGGACAGGCUCCAAAUUCCACAUCACGUUCUCUUAAAUCACCUCGUGCUGUAUCAGAGAUGGAGCCUACAGCUCAUAAUAGAACGUCCAACCGAGCAUCAUUACAUCGCCAGAUAGGGACUCAGUCUUUGUCCCCCACGUAUAAAUAUAUAGGAAAUGAGGAUCGUCAACACAGUGGAAGCAGUGCACAGAGCGAGGAGUUUUCAGAGGAACUUGUCUAUGAUCAAAGAAGCCCUUAUGAGACUCAUACUCAGGGUAACGGCCACUACGGUAAGCGACAGCAGCAUCAACAGCGCCGUCAGGAUACAUACUACCAUCAGCAGAAUCAACAGCAACACUUGGCCUCAAAUCAGUACGCUCACCAUUUUCGACAGGCACAUGAUGGAAGUCUAAUUCUUUCUGAGCGACCACCUUCUGCAGAAGGGUAUGGUGAAUUGGGUGGUAGUGGUAGUGAUGGUAGCUGCCCAGCGCAGAUCCGACCGAAGGAGCUUCGGUUCUCGGCCAGUAUUGCGGGCGAAGUCCAAUCAUUUGUGACACUCUUUAAUCGAUCACGCCGUAAAAUGCAUUUCGAGAUCCUGAGACCUGCUGGUAUCACGGUAACACCUUCAUUUGGAGUCAUUCAGCCAGGACGAGAUCAGCGACUGACGAUUCAUUUGGCUGAGACGCGUGGGCCCGGAAGGGUUGUUGUUGAGUUGGAUGGCGAGUGGUUGGUCCCUUUUGGGGUCUCUUUUGAGUAACUAGAACAUUGUGUUUAUUCCAAGAAGGGAACCUGCUUGGUUACCUUGGUUGUUUGGUUACUUUAUUACUCGUCUUUCUUUUUUUCUUUUUCUUUUAC